GAAAAAGAAAAAAAAACACUGUUAUAAUUUAGAUAGAAUAAGUUGAUAUUCAAAUAUAAAUCUAUAAUGUGUUUUAUCUGUUCUUUCCCUUUUUUUUUCCUUUCAUAUUUGUAUCACAGACCUAACUAAAUGUCAUUUACAAGUCAUAUAAUGGAGGAAUCUCAACAAUAUAAUCGAAUGAACGGAGGAAUGAAAAGAGAAUCUGCCUCUUCUACUUCUUCUUCUUCUACAACAACAACAAUUACUACUGCUACUACUGCUCACCUUUUAACUCGUGAAUAUCAAUUAAAAGAAGAAAUUGCAAGACUAAAACGAGAAGAGCAAGAGCUUCGAGAAAAGGAUCACUGGGUUAAACAGAAUAUUAUAGCUGUUAAAGAAAAAAUUGCCGCUGAAAGAAGAUCACUUUAUUAAAGUAAUACGUAUUUAAAAAUAAAGGAUCAAAGCAUGCUCAUAGUGGAUAUUCAAAUAUAUAUAUAAUGCUUAUAGAAUUCUGAUCAUAUAUAAUGUCUAUCAUAGUCCUCUUUAUAUUACUAUUUAAUAGCCAUCUAUUUUUAUUUUAUUUUGUGUUUUUUAUCUAUUUACAUAUAGUAAAUAAUGACAUGAAAAAAUUUGCAUUAUUUUAAAUUGAACCUAAAUAACAGCUUUACAACAGCAACAAAAUCUAAUCAAGUGAAGGAACAUAUAAAGUUUAGAUUAAUAAAAA